CGCAUCCCGCUGAUGUGGAAGGACACGGAGUACUUCAGGAACAAAGGGGAGCUGCACCGCUGCGCCGUCUUCUGCCUCCUGCAGCUCGGCGCCGAGAUCCACGACACCGAGAUGGUGCUGGUGGACCGCACGCUCACCGACAUCUGCUUCGAGAGCGCCGUGCUCUUCUCGGAGGCCGGCCCGGAUUUCCUGCUGAAGGUGGAGCUGUACAGCGCGGGGCUGGGGGACGAGGUGGGGGGCAGCGCCCCCAGGAAACUGGCCAGCAAACUCAGCAGCUCCCUGGGCCGCUCCGCCGGGCGCCGCCUGCGGGCCACCAUGGAUGGGGGGCCGGGCAGCCCCACGGCAAACGGGGGGGGAGCCCUGCUGCUGCCGGCCCCCAGCGUGCC